AUGGACCCCACCCAGCGAAGCGCCAUAGUCCUCGAUAAUGGAUCCGGGUUCACCAAGAUGGGAUUUGGCGGCAACUUAGAGCCCAGCUUCGUCAUCCCCACUGUUGUUGCUUGCCACGACUCAUUCGCUGCCUCUGCUGCGCUGGCGGCGCCUGGAGCCAAUGCCGUGUCGCCAGCUCAGCAGCAGCAGCAGGCCCACGUGGCAGCGCUCAUGGCUGACCUGGACGUCCACGUGGGCGAGGCUGCGUACGCUGCUGCGCGAUCUGGGCCGUACAAGCUGACGCACCCUGUGCAGAGAGGACAGAUAGAGGCGUGGGAUGCCAUGGAGCAUCUGUGGCAGCAGGCGCUCUUUAAGUACAUGCGGGUGGAGCCAGAGGAGCAUGUGUUACUGCUGGCCGAGAGCCCUCUCACCCCCCCGGAGCACCGGGAAUAUAUCGCCGAGAUCAUGUUCGAAACCUUUAACGUGGCAGGUCUAUACAUGGCCAGUCAACCAUCCCUCGCUCUCACUGCAGCGAAUACAGCAGCUCAGGUCCCAAUGACAGGGGUGGUGGUGGAUGCGGGCUUUGGGUCGGCCUCAGUGGUCCCAGUGGUCGAGGGCUAUGUGUUGGGGGGCAGCUCUCGCUCCAUGCCUGUUGGCGGUGCUCACUCCACUGCCUUCGUUCAACAGCUCAUGAGGGACCGAGGGGAGCCGGUACCGGCAGAAGAGGCGAUUGAAGUGGCGAGGAAAGUAAAGGAGACAUAUGGAUACACAUGCUCCGACCUUGUCAAGGAGUUCACGAAGCACGACAGGGAGCCCAAUAAGUACCGCAAGGUGUGGACCGCCACCAACGCGCGCACCAACACGCCCUACCGCUGCGACGUGGGGCACGAGCGGUUUCUUGCGGCUGAGGUUUUUUUCUCGCCUGAGAUAGCAGUGAGCAAUGUGGGCACGUCACUAGCAGAGCUGGUGGAUGCGGCAGUGCAGACCGCUGCCAUCGACACACGGCGCUCGCUCUACAAGAACAUUGUGCUAUCAGGCGGCUCCACCCUGUUCAAGGACUUUGGGCGGCGGUUGCAGCGAGAUGUGAAGAAAGCUAUCGAGGCCCGCAUGGCUGGGUCUAGCGAGCCCAAGGCAUCUGACAUAGAGGUGACAGUGGUCUCACACCACCUGCAGGAGCACGCUGUCUGGUUCGGGGGCUCUGUUGUCGCCUCCUCCCCGGGUUUCCAAGGGGUGUGCACCACACGAGCUGCUUACUUGGAGCACGGGCCUAGUGUGUGCCGAGCAAACAGAAUGAUCAGUGCCUCCUUGUCGUAA